AUGUCUAACUCACCAUUCCACGUCGCCCAGGCCAACGACUGUGGCGUGCUCCCGCGCCGGGACUCGAAACCCGAGGACGUAAAGUGGUUGACCCCGUUCGAGAACCACUACUGGGGCCAGGUCUGCAAAUACUCCGAAGACGCCAACAGCCUCAUCUACAUCGACGCCUUUUUUUCUGACGUCAACGCCCUCCGUGCUUCCCUCAGCAAGUCUCGAGCUCGAAGCCGCCGCGUCUCCACUACCAACAGCCGGCCCCGAUGGACAACUUCGUCUGAUUCAAGAAGGACCCGGCCGCCUAGGAGAGCGAGAUGGAGCUGCCGUCCAUCAUCAGCGACAUCCGCGGUGACAUGGCGCGUUGCGACGACUGGUGUACCACCAAACUGUAUAACAACGUCUCUGGGCGGUGGACCCGGGCCACAUGGGUUCGGGGCCGUGUUGUAUAUCGACAUCACAGCGGGAACCACAACGGUUGUGGCAUGCUGGCCCGACCAAGUCAAGGGGCGAGCCGUGUCUUUUCCCCCGUUCGGAGGACGCGCCGGAGGGUGA